AUGGCUAUAGAAACAAUGAAUAAUGACGCACAGGGGUUAGUGGAACAGUUGAAAGUUGCAGGUCGUAAAUAUAUAGAGAGUUUAAAUAGUUCAAGCCCGAAACAUCACCAAAUAGCUGCACAAUCGCUUACUUCUGCACUAUCUAGCAUUGCAGAUAUUCCUGAUCAAAUAAGGAAACCAUUGAUUCGAAUAACAAUCACAACAUGCUUUACUCGACUUAAAAAUAGACAUUCACAAGCUUCAUUAUAUCUCGUUAUAUCAGCUUUUGUACGUGAAGAUCCAGUAACUUCUAUGAAACACCUCGCAGAAACAUAUACAUCAUUCUUCGAACUCCAUAUAGUAACUUCGAAAUGGUUAGCUGAUAAUUCAGUUCUAGCUGUCAAAUGGUUGUUUAGUCUUCGUAAUUUUAUAGAUUUAAACGAUGCCAAUGUCUUCACUAGCUAUAUGUCAGCACUGUUGUCAUCGGCGUCACAUGUUUGUGCCAGUAAAAAAGUUGUGAAAAUUCAAAGUAAGAUGAAGACUAUCUUUAAUCAUGACUUGCUGAAAACAGCCUUGGAAUGGAUUCGCAAUCAUUACACAGCCCGGUCGUCUUCCGGAAUAAACAUCCUUGCUCUUCUCAGUCUAUUACCUUGCACUGACGAGCAUUUUGAUUUCUCAUUUUUUAUCGAAGUAUACACCGCAAACAUUCUUCUUGUGAAGCAUCGUCCAAGUAUUCAUGUCGUGGUUACUAGCUCCAAAAUAUUCAAGCAGAUAAAUUUGGAAAUGUUCCGAGACGAAAUUACGUUUGCUAUUAAGAAAUCCAUGUUACGCAAUCCUGAGAUUGCAAUUUUCGGGAUUUUAUAUCUUCUGGAAUCGGUAACAAUCGAUUUGUCAUCUUUUGCAAUUGAUAUCUAUAAAAUUUUAUCGGCGUCGUUAAUUGCAUCGGCUGAUGAAAUUCGUAGCCAUACUUCACUGUCUGUUGCAACGAUAGCAAGGAAAAUCACUGAUCCUAAAGCUAUGAAGGGAUUGAUUGAUAGGGUGUUUGGAACUUAUUCAGGAUCUGACGGGAGAAUUGCUACUGUUAGCCAACGGAGCACGGUCCUGGAAACUCUAAAAUUGAUGAGCUGCCACGGAGUGAAGGAUAAAACUGAGUGCGAUAUUAUUGCGUCCGAUAUAUUGCAUAGAUUGAACGCGUUAAUGAUUUCUGAAGUCCAUCAGGCUGUUUUGGAAGCUAUGUGGAAAACGAUUUUAGCAUGGUCAGCGCAAAUUAUAAAUGUGGAUGAAAAGUUGCAACCAAUCUUUAUGGCUUCUCUGAAGUCAUCAAAUCGUUCACUAGCGUUGAGAAGUAUGGUCGCUUUGUAUGAUAUUGGUAAUGGUAAAAAAGUAAAAUUGAGUGAUGAUUUAUUGAAGUCAGUUUUUGAUGUCUAUAGAACACGCUCAAAUGCUGGAGAUUUCGUAGUCACAUCGUUGUUGCUUCUGGUUGAUGAAAAAUAUCAGGAAAAUGUUAAGCAGAUAUUAGAAAAUGAUUUCUUUAAAGAAAAAUUUAUUACGUCUUUAAACACUUUUGAUAUCUUGUAUGCAGCAAAAUUAUCGGACUGGAUGAUCAGGAAUACAGAAGCCAAGAAUUGGAGUGGUCUGCGAAACGUAUUCUUUGUUUUAUUCACGAGUCUUUGCUGGCCGGAUUAUGAAGUUCGCAAAGGUGCCAAUGACAUUGUCAGAAAGUGUGUUAUCGAUAAAGGCAACACAUUUUGUGUUGCUUUCUUAGAUUUUUUAUUUCUCUAUGUGACUUCGGGUCUUGCGCAAGAGGCAUAUAAAAGAGUGGCAAUAAUACAAGAUGAAGAAAAUGAGCGACUUCUUGGUAGCAAAUUGAUAGCUGCAGCAGUGCAUGAAGCUAUGAUUCCUUUCAAUGCAGCAGAAGAAAAUUUUGACUUAGGAAUCGGUGUCCUCACAUCUGGACUUUUGAUAUCAUGCAGCUUGCAAAUGGUAGAAAGUGAUCCUUGCUGUUGGAAUCGCUGGGUACAUUCAAUAACUAAUGUUGAACGUUUGCUUGAUGAAACUGGUGCUCUCAUGAUGAUGGAUCGAAUAUUCUCUACAAAUGAUAUAGUAAUUCAAUGUAACGCAAUUAGAAUGUUGAUGUCAAAUGGCGAUGUAACACAACACUUUCGUGAUGCAAUUUGGGCAUACUGCAUUAAUCUGUUGAAUGAAAUCGACAUUGAACGGUAUGUUACAAUUACGGAGCAGGAAGUUGCAAUCUAUAAUACACCAGAUGGAGUCCUCUAUAAUACGGCCGUUUUGGAAUUAAAUUAUGAGGAAGAAUUUGGUGUCAAAAAUGUGAAAAGGGAAAAUAAGGCUUACAAAUAUAAGGAACAGUUAUUGGAAGCACAAUUGAAAAAAGAACUUGCUGAGAAAAGGCGCCAAGAAGGCAAAUUAAUUCCCCAACAAGAGAAAGCGAAAAGAGAGGAGCUUCUUGUUGAAAAGAAAAUCAGAGAAGAACUGCAUGACCUGUAUAUGAAAUGCAAGAAACGCACUGAAUCGUUAGUAGCAGCAAUUACUGGAGAUCCAAUUGGUUCAGCGAAAUAUGUCCAUUUACUGUUUACGAUUGCUAUUCCAUUGUUGAGAUCUCCUCUCGUAUCAUCUCUGGCUUAUAAUAUUUUUCGUAGUUUUCGUAAUGCAGCGUUCGAACCAUCUGAAGAUUAUUUGCACGAACUCAUAUUACAUUCGUCAAUACGCGUGUUACGCUCUGUUUAUACGGAUGCAGCAUGGAACGAGGAGUUGCUUACUGUUCAGGUCGAAAGGGCAAUAACAUUAUUAGCAACUCGAUGUGUGUUGGUCCCAAUCCUAUUUGAAGAUGAGGAAUCUAGUGUAGAAGAGAUACUGAAUGCUGAUGAAGAAGAGAUGAAUCUUAUCAAAUUCAAUGUAUCGUUUCCGUUGAUUAAUGCGGUGCUAAGAGAUGAAUCUUUUCCUUAUGCGUUGCGACUAAAUACCAUGCUACUACUGUCUUCUGCGUUAAAAGGCAAAUUCAUUGAAGAUACUGAAGUGAAAUAUCUCCCUCUAAACUGGCUCUGUUCACUUCUCCUUCAUAUUCUAACAAUAGACACUUCGGAAUUAUAUCACAAUGCGAAAACAUUACUCCAGACUUUUUGUGAACUAUUAGAUAAAUGUCCGCGAAAAGGUUUGCAAGAAGCGGAAAUACUUAAACCUAUCGUCCGAUGUUUGCUAGAUGAAAAUGAUCAGUUAAGGGAAUGCGCUCUCAUGGCACUUAAUCGACCGCAUGAUUUGUACAAUAACUUGAAAUUAACUGAAGAUGGUUCACAGUUUAUGAUAAUGUUUAUAAGUCGCGUAUUUAUUGCUCGGAACGAUCCGGUGAAGAAUUGUGUUGAUUUGGCUGACAAAAUUUGGCAAGAUAAAAACCUUUCCACUACUACGGACCUACUUGAAAGUAUUUUGAGUAGUGUAACUUCAGAACAUGUCUUCUUGAGAAAAUCCGCAUCCGUUGCUCUAGGAAAAUUGUGUGAAGAAUUUCCGAAGAUUCUGCAACCAACAUUGGAUAAACUUGAUGUUUUAUAUUCAGAUUACAGAAAAAUUCGACCGCCAAUUUAUGAUGACAUUGGGCGAGUGAUCACGGGUCCUGUAGAUCUUUGGAAAAAUCGAGCAGGCAUUGCCGAAGCUCUGCUUGUCAUUGCUCCUAAUCUUCCGCACCAGCUGGUGAUGAGUUUCAUCAAAAUCAUAGUUCCCAAUGGAAUCAGUGAUUCUAGUCCAGAAUGUCGAAAACUGAUGCAGAAUGCUGCGAUUGAAGUUAUCAAAAUGCAUGGAGAAAUUGAAAUGGCAUCGCUUUUAUCAUUUCUUGAAGAAAUGUUGAGCUCAACACCAGAUGGUAAAGACUUUGACAAUUUGCGCCAAGGUUUGGUUAUAAUGUUGGGUACGUUAGCGCAGCAUUUAGAUCCGACAAACGAAAAAGUGCGCGUCAUAACAUCUCGUUUAAUCGAAACACUCUCGACACCAUCACAGCAGGUGCAAGAAGCAGUGUCCAAAUGCUUGCCAGCAUUAGUUCCAGCAAUCAAAGAUCGUGCCAAGGAACUUGUUUCCACACUGUCUUGUCUCCUUGUUGAAGCUGACUCGUAUGGCGAGAGACGAGGAGCAGCAUACGGAAUUGCUGGACUUGUUAAAGGCCUCGGGAUGUCUGCAAUGCGUGAGCUAGAGCUGAUAAAAUUCUUGCAAAAUUCAUUGGCUAAUAAGAAAAAUGCCCGUCAUCGUGAAGGUGCUCUCUUGGCCCUUGAACUUCUUUGUGGCUCGAUGGGUAAAUUGUUUGAACCUUACAUUGUGCAACUUUUGCCAUCACUGUUAAUUUGUUUUGGUGAUUCCGAUGAUAACGUUCGUCAAGCAGCAAACAAUGCAGCACAGUCUAUGAUGUCCAUGCUUUCUGCUCACGGUGUUAAACUAGUGUUGCCGUCACUUCUAACAGCGUUGGACGAAGACUCAUGGCGUACGAAAUGUGCUUCUGUGGAACUUCUAGGAUCAAUGGCAUUCUGUGUUCCCAAACAACUCUCAGCUUGCUUGCCAAGCAUUGUUCCUAAACUUAUCGAAGUGCUGACUGACUCACACUCAAAAGUGCAGAAAUCCGGAGAAAAAGCCCUAAAACAGAUUGCCAAAGUUAUUCGUAAUCCAGAAAUUCUCAGUAUAAGCAAUCAGUUGUUAACGGGUUUGACUGAUCCAGCUGGCAAAACGUCCUCUUGUUUACAAACGGUAGUCAAUACAAAGUUCAUACAUUACAUUGAUGCUGCUUCACUUUCUUUGAUAAUGCCUAUUAUUCGUCGUGCGUUUACUGAUCGAGCUUCUGAAACGCGUCGUAUGGCUGCUCAAAUAAUCGCGAAUAUAUAUUCUUUAGCGGAUAAUAAGGAUAUGGAACCGUAUCUUGCUGGUCUUUUACCGGGAUUGCAGAAAUCAUUGUUAGAUCCUAUCCCAGAAAUACGUACUGUUGCUGCAAAGGCUCUUGGUGCAAUUAUUGGAUGUUCUGUUGGAGAUACUGCAUCGAAAAUACGUGAGCAACUUAUACCCUGGCUCAAGGAGAAGCUUAUUUCGAAUACAAAUGCCGUAGAUCGAUCGGGUGCUGCGCAAGGAUUAUCUGAGGUUCUUAAAGCAGUGGGUGAAAAUCAGUUGGCGAUGGUUAUGCCUGAUAUAAUAAAAACAACAGAAUCGAAAGAGGCAACACCAGAAAUACGUGAUGGUUAUAUAUUGAUGUAUAUUUAUUUACCUAUGGCAUUUGGAGACCAUUUUGUCCCAUAUUUACCUGAGGUCAUACCAAGCAUAUUAAAAGCUCUGGCAGAUGAGAACGAAUAUGUACGAGAUAGUGCCUUGAAAGCAGGUCAGCGUCUGAUUGUAACGUAUUGCGGGCAUGCUAGGCGGCUUUUAUUGCCGCAGUUGCAAGUUGCUUUGUUUGAUGACAAUUGGCGAAUUCGGUUUGCAGCUGUUACACUGAUUGGUGAUUUCUUGUUCAGCAUAUCAGGUGUUAGUGGGAAAAUGACGUCAGCAACUUUAAACGAGGAUGAUACUAUGGGUACGGAAUCAGCUGGAAAAGCCAUUAUUCGACAACUUGGACAAACUUGCAGGGAUCGUGUUUUGGCAGGCAUUUACUUAUCGCGUUCAGAUAUUGCACUCCAAGUUCGUCAAGUUGCAAGCCAUGUUUGGAAAAUAGUGGUGGCGAAUACUCCACGUACUCUGAAAGAACUGAUGAAAACGCUAUUUGAAAUGUUACUUAGCUGUUUGGCAAGCAAUAGUGAAGAUCGACAACUGAUGGCUGGACGUUGUCUUGGAGAAUUAGUGAAGAAAAUGGGUGAACGAAUAAUCAUCGAUGUGUUACCUGUUCUUGAACGUGGCUUGUCAUCUGAAUUAAUUGAACAGCGUGUUGGAGUAGCCAUUGCUUUGCAUGAAAUCAUCGAAAAUUCUACGAAGGAUAUUGUAUUGAUGUAUUCGGCACAACUGGUUGAACCAAUUAAGAAAAUUAUCUGUGAUUCCAAUGUUUUAGUGCGCCAGGCAGCUGCCACUUCGUUUGCAUCGUUUUAUCAGACUGCUGGCUUCUCGGCCUUUGAGGAUAUUGUGACGCCACUUCUGGAUGCAAAUGUAAUAUGUAAAGAUGACGUAUUAGAUGGUCUUUCGCAAGUAAUGCGUCUGAAUGGAAGGCAAAUGUUGCCUUAUGUUUUGCCGAAGUUAACGCGACCGCCAGUGAAUAUUAAAGCAUUAUGUGCGCUUUCAGCAGUUGCUGGUGAUUCGCUUAGCCGAAAUAUUGCUAAAAUUUUAGAUUCAAUGUUAGACAGUUGCACUACAGAAGAGGAAAUCAAUCAGUGUUUGGGAGUGAUUCUUUCCGUAUCAGACGUGGAUGGUAUUUCAAUUAUAAUCACCACUCUUUUGCAACGAGCACAAUCUUACAAUCAUAUUCCUUCAUCAACUUUAAUCCGCCUUUUUGCCAAAAAUGCACAGUUUAAUCUCAGUAAUUUUAUGGACGAAAUUUUUCACGGCACGUUGUUACUCUAUAAUUCAGCAGUAAAUGAAGUGGUGGAAAAUGCGGUUGAAACUUUAACAUACGUUUGUCAAAGCCUGGACCAAAAGCAGAUGUUGUCUGUUUUAUCAAUCUUAAAGCAAACCCUUUUAUCCUUACAAAAAACUGCCGGUUCUUCUUCCAUAGCAGGAUUUGCAUGCAGUAAGGGUAUUUCUUCUCUGCUACCAAUUAUCCGAGAAGCGAUUCUAUCGGGUAGUGCAGAACUGAAAGAGCAGGCCGCUGAAACUCUUGGAACUAUUGUGUUAUUAAGCACAGCAGAUGCUCUGAAACCUCAUGUUGUGAGUGUUACGGGCCCCCUAAUACGUGUUCUUGGUGAUCGGUAUUCGCAUACUGUCAAGAUUUCUAUUCUUACAACACUUUCUCUGCUUAUGGAUAAGGUAGAUAUGCAGCUGCGUCCCUUUCUACCACAACUUCAGAGUACUUUUUUGAAAGCUCUACAAGAUACAACUGCACGCAAAGUACGACUUUGUGCGGGUGGUGCAUUAUCACGCUUAAUUACCAUUCACAUGAAACCCGACUUGAUUGUAUUGGAACUCAUCAAAUAUCUGAAUGCUUCAGCAGAUUCUGCGAUGAUCGAAACAACUUUGAUUGCCCUGAGGGCAAUCUUAGUUCGUGUUCAGUCAAAAGCUGUAAGUGACAGUGUUCUUCAAGAAGCCAUCAAGGUAGCGGAGAAACAUCAAGAAAACAACGAGCAUUGGAUGGUAGUGAAGGCUGCUUGUGCACUUCUUGGUGAACUUGCUUUAAAAAUGAACCAAGUGGCAAAAAUCGUGACUUUAAUUUCUGACGAGAAUCAUCGUUGUUAUGCCUUACAAUAUGCAUCGUGUACUGAUCCACAUGAAAUACUAGAAGUGUAUGGUAUCGAAAAACUACGCUCUACAUUUAGCAGUGCAAUACAGUGCGACAAACCAGAAACUGCAUCGUCUGCUAUACGAGCUGCAACAUCCAUACUUUUGUGUCAAGAAGUAAUGGAUGUAUCUCUACUGUCAUCAGUUGUGCGGGCGAUAAAUCAUCCUAUUAAUGAAGUGAAAUGUGUAGCAGCCUUAGGAAUUCACCAUAUUGCGUCAAGAAAACUCUCCAUAAAUGAAAUGAAGAUUAUUGUUCCGAUGAUGUUAAAUGGAAUAAAAGAAAGAAACAGUGCAGUUCGCGCUGCAUGUGAACAAGCAUUAAUCGCAUUGUUUAGACUCAGGAGUGAGAAUACUAGAUAUGAUGAUUACUUGUCUACAGUUGAAGGAGCAGCAAGAGACGUGCUUGUUGAUGCUUAUAAAGUAUUACAAAGGGUUCUGAAACAACCAGAUCCAGGAUUGGAGCCACUAUCGGAUAUCUUAAAUGUGCCGUGA